AUGGGUGCCGCUGGGCGGAAGUUGGUCGCGCUACCGGCGCUCGGGUGGUGGCUCGUGGUGGUCGGCACCGUCCGCCUCGUCUUCGCCUGGUCCGGCUUCUUCGACGCCUGGGCGGUCCGCUACGGCACCUACUCCAACACGCACGUGACUGAUGUGCAUGCGCGUACCGUUGGGGUGUGGACGCUUCUGUCGUGCACCCUCUGCUUCCUCUGCGCCUUCAACCUCGACAACAAGCCGCUCUGCGCCGCAACUCUCUUGUCCUUCGUCUACGCCUAUGGCCAUUUCGUCGCGGAGUACCUGGUGUACCGUACCAUCACCGCAGCAAGCCUCGGCACGCUCGGCUUCUUUGCAGUCCCAUCGAUCAUAUGGACGCUAGUCCAUUGGAGGAACACUCUUGGCUACCGUGCUACGAAGCGGUCAUGA